GAUUCCUCGGCCUACCUUCCAUUGAAAAAAAGGGGCGAAAGGCUGAGAACGUUGUCAGCGCAGUGUGAUUGUUUACAUUUUAGCAUUUCAAUCAAUAUUUCAGUAUAAUAAAUGGCGUCGACUUUACUUUCACCCAUGGUGGAUUAUUAUAACGACGAGGAAGAGCUAGACAGCGUGGAUGAAGACGAUGAUCGUAGUUUCAGAGGUAGAGACUCGGAGGAAGACACAGAAGAUGCCAGCGAAACAGAUUUGGCCAAACAUGAUGAGGAUGACUAUGUUGAAAUCAAGGAACAGAUGUAUCAAGACAAGCUGGCAUCACUGAAAAGACAGCUGCAGCAACUCCAGGAAGGCACACUGCAGGAGUACCAGAAAAGAAUGAAGAAACUCGAUCAACAAUAUAAAGAGAGGCUUCGUAAUGCAGACCUCUUUCUACAACUUGAGACCGAGCAGGUGGAGAGAAACUACAUCAAAGAGAAGAAAGCAGCGGUGAAGGAAUUUGAUGAUAAGAAGGUGGAACUGAAGGAAAAUCUAAUUGCAGAGCUGGAGGAGAAGAAGAAGAUGAUCGAGAACGAGAAAUUAACUAUGGAGCUGACAGGAGAUUCCAUGGAGGUGAAGCCCAUUAUGACCCGCAAACUCAGGAGACGACCCAAUGACCCUGUGCCCAUUCCGGACAAGCGGAGAAAACCUGCACCUGCUCAGUUAAACUAUUUACUCACUGAUGAACAGAUCAUGGAGGAUCUUAAAACGUUAAACAAGCUUAAGUCUCCGAAAAGACCAGGUAUGGACGUUUUGUCUUUUAGAGCAUCCCCGUCCUCUCCUGAGCACCUCCCAUCCACUCCAGUGGACACCCCGUCCCAGCGAUAUGAGGCACGGAUAGAGGAGGGUAAACUCUACUAUGAUAAGAGAUGGUACCAUAAAAGUCAAGCAAUCUAUCUGGAGUCCAAGGAGAAUACCAAGAUCAGCUGUGUCAUCAGCUCUGUGGGGACCAAUGAGAUCUGGGUGAGGAAGACAAGUGACAGCACGAAGAUGAGAAUUUAUUUAGGGCAACUGCAACGAGGGGCCUUCAUCAUCAGACGUCGGUCGGCGGCAUAGACGUCACAACCCAUCCUCUUCCAUCUACUAUUUCCUGUCUGGAUAAUUUUUUAUGAACAUUUCAACAUUCUUCCUGUUUUACCAAGUCAUCUACGACAUGCUGAAGCAUGAUCCUUCUUUCUCUAUCCUUUGAUUCUGUUUCUUUCACUCUCACACACUUAUAGUAUAUACAUUACGAAAGUAUGUCAUGAACUGUCACAUUCUUUCUACGAUUUCCAUUUCGUUUGGUUUUUUCUUUAAUGAUGAAUUUUGCAUUGCACAUACAGUAUAACAGUUUUACUUCACAAUGUCUGUCUGAAGUUUAUUUUCUAAAAACUCCCCAAGAUGAAGAGAGUAGAUUGUUUAUUAUUAUUAUUAUUAUAGCAUUCGCAAUAGUUUUAGUUUUGCAAUGUCAUGCAACAAUCUAUUCUCUCAUUUAAGACUCAUCUGAUAGUGUGAGAUUUCAUAUUAGUUUGUGAUUUAAUUUUGUAUCCAGUCGAAAGUUAAGUAAGUUUGGCUCAUACAGUGCAAAACAACAUUUGUUUCUGCAGUAUUGCUUGUUUUUUUCCCCAUUAAGAGUUCUGUUACUUGACCUUGUUUUUUAAUGGCUCUUAUUCGUGUACAUUAAUUUACAUUCAUAUUAGCAGAGGAUUUCUUUUCAGUACAACUUGCAAGACAAUGUGAGGAAAGUGUUUGUGACUAUUAUUUAAGCAGGUAGUGACUCUACCAGUCAAAAGAUUGGACACACCUACUCAUUUCUGUAUUAUUAAUUACUAUUUUCCACAUUUUAGAAUAAUAGUAAUCAUCAAAACUAUGAAAUAACACAAAUGUAAGUAUGGGAAUUAUGUAAUGACCUUAAAUAAAUCAAAACGAUCUUAUAUUUAGAAUACAUUGAUCUUGAGAUUUCAAGAAAAUAUUUGGUUUAUUGGUCCCAUGCAUAUUCUCUGAUGAGCCAAAACAUUAUGACCACUCACAGGUAAAGCAAAUAACAUUGAUAAUCUCCUAACAAGGCCACAUGUCAGGCCACAUGUCAAGGUCUGGGUAGAUUAGAUGGUAAGCGAACAAUCAGUUCUCGUAGUCAACGUGUUGAAUGCAGGGGAAAUGGGCAGGAGUAAAGACCUGAGUGAUUCUGAUAAGUGCAAAAUUGUUAUGGCCAGAUGACUGGGUCAGAACAUAGUUGAAAUGGCAAGGUUGUGGGGUGCUCCCAGUCAACAGUAGUGAGUACCUACCGACAGUGGUCCGAGGAGGGACAAAACACAAACCAGUGACAGGGUGUUGGGCGCCCAAGGCUCAUCGAUGCACGAGGGUAACGAAGGCUAUCUCAUCUGGUCCACUCCAACAGAAGGUGUACUGCGGCACAAGUCACAGAAAAUUUUAAUGAUGGUUACGGGAGGAAUGUGUCACAAUACACCGUGCUGCAAAUGGGGCUGCGUAGCUGCAGACCGGUCAGAGUGCCCAUGAUGACCCCUGUCCACCAUCAAAAGUGCCUACGAUGGGCACGCAAGCAUCAGUACUGGACCUUGGAGCAGUGGAAGAAGGUGGCCUGGUCCGAUGAGUUACAUUUUCUUUUACAUCACGUGUGGACGGCCAUGUACAUGUGCGCUGUUUACCUGGGGAAGUGAUGGCACCAGAAUGCACUGUGGGAUGAUGACAAGCCGGUGGAGGGAGUGUGAUGUUCUGGGCAAUGUUCUGCUUGGAAACCCUGGAUCCGGCCAAUCAUGUCGAUGUCAGUUUGACACGUGCCAACUACCUAUACAUCAUUGCAGACCAGGUACACCCCUUCAUGGCAAUGGUAUUCCCUGAUGGCAGUGGCCUCUUUCAGCAGGAUAAUGCGCCCUGCCACACUGCAUCCAUUGUUCGGGAAUGGUUUGAGGGACAUGAUGAGGAGUUCGAGGUGUUUCACUGGCCUCCAAAUUCCCCAGAUCUCAAUCCGAUUGAGCAUCUGUGGGAUGUGCUGGACCAACAAGUCGGCUCCACCUCACAAAUUACAGGACUUGAAAGAUCUGAUGCUAAUGCCUUGGUGCCAGAUACCACAGGACAACUUCAGGGUCUUGUAGAGUCCAUGCCUCGGUGGGUUGGCGCUGUUUUAGCAGCAUGCGGAGGACCAACAGCAUAUUAGGCAGGUGGUCAUAAUGUUUUGGAUCCUCGGUGUAGGUAAUCUGGUCCAAAAUGGUUGUAUUUGGUAACUGGAAAACCUUUUCUGAAAUAACUGGAUUGCAACUGAAAUGACUGUUUGUUGUCCUUGUAAUUCAGUUCUUUUCAGUCUUUUACCCUCCCGUUUCAAGUAACACCUUAUUUUGGAUGACCUGUCAUUCUCCUGUCACAUUGAUGUCUGAAUUCCUCUCUAAAUGACAGAUAAUUCCUUUUUUUUUUUUACAAAACAGAAACCCUUUCUGAAAUAUGUUUACUACCUGAAAUCAAAAUUGCUUUCUU